GCCAUUCUGGAGAGUUGGGUGGAGUGCGAGACCCUGCUGACUUCUUGCCUGGCCUGGGAACCACGUGAUGGUGGCACUGACCAAAAUUGGUCCCCGCGCUCCCGAGUCUAUUGUGGAUUCUGGGUGGAAGUUUUUCUUCAAGUGUAAUGGCACUAACUGAGGCCCUGGCGCUCAGGCAUGUCCCCAGGUGAAGAAGGACCAACUAACUGUGCAGGGCCCUUCCCUGGGAUCAUUGAUCUGUUUGGAAGUGGUGGUGGCCUUUGUGAAUACAGGGCCAGCCUCCUGGCCGGACAUGGCUUUGCUGUGCUUGCUCUGGCUUACUUCAGAUUUGAAGAUCUCCCAGAAAGUCUCAAUGAUGUGCACUUGGAGUACUUUGAAGAAGCUGUGGACUUCAUGCUGCAGCAUCCAGAGGUGAAAGGCCCUAGUGUUGGGCUUCUUGGAUUCUCCAAAGGAGGUGACUUGUGUCUCUCAAUGGCCUCUUUCUUGAAGGGCAUCACAGCCACUGUGGUUAUCAAUUCCUGUGUGGCCAACACAAUAGCUCCUCUGCAUUACAAGGAUAUGAUUAUUCCUGAUCUCGGCAGUGACCUAGGGAAAUAUACAACCACCGAGUCAGGCCUGUUCAAUUUUAUGAACAUUUGGAAUAAUCCACUGGAAAAACCCUACCACCAAAGUCUUAUUCCACUGGAAAAGGCCCAGGGACCCUUCCUAUUUAUUGUUGGCAUGGACGAUUAUAGCUGGAAGAGUGAAUUCUAUGCUUCUAUGGCCUCUGAACGGUUACAAGCCCACGGGAAAGACAGACCCCAGAUACUCCGCUACCCAGGAACUGGUCACUGUAUCGACCCACCUUAUUUUCCUCCUAGUAGAGCCUCUGUGCAUGCAGUACUGGGCCUACCAGUAUACUACGGAGGUGAGCCAAAGGCUCAUUCAGGGGCACAGGUAGAUGCCUGGCAACAAAUUCAAGCUUUCUUCCAUAAACAUCUCAAUGGUAAAAAACCUGUCAACAGCAAACUGUAACUUUACAAUCAUAGAUGAGAUACUAUUAAUAAAAAUCCUAUCCAUGC